CUUCGAGACGUUCUUGCCUUCCUUGCCAAGCUUCUUAUACGCCACUUUCACUGUUUCAGGAAGCUCAGGAGACCGUGACAGGACAAAGCGGUUAGGGCGCCCCCAUAGAAUACUUCAUAGCCUUGUCUCAUUAACCUGCUCUGUAAAAAGGUCUGCUCAUUCCUCCCGCCUUUUCCCUGUUCCCGCCGCAAGUGUGGCUCUGCUCGGCCCGUGGAGGGCCUCCCUGAGGGUAGUGCUCGCCAAAGGGUCGUCUGCCACCAUGCAGGGCUCUUCUUGCACGGCCAGCAGCAGCCUGGGGUUAAGCCGGGCCGUGCUUAACCUGCUAAGCAAGCCUGCGCCGCGCAACAAUGUGGGACAGCAAGGUGUCCCGGGGCUGCCUCUUAGUUUGAGGAGUGCAUUGGUUGGCCACUUUUUACAGCCACGGCAGACUCUGUUCCAGGAUCUGCUGGCAGUGGAUGCAUUGAGGCAAUCAGGGCUCGGGGCACCUGGCCCUUUCUAUGAACCUCAAAGGUACAAUUUCGCCACAAGCCCAGUGGUAUGCCAAGCGUACGGCGAAAGGGAGAACUAUGGGAGACGGCCACCACCGGUGGUGGGCGAUGCUCCGGUGGUACGCCUGCGAGGCCUUCCGUGGGACACCACGAGCCAGGAUAUCGAGCGAUUCCUGGAGGGGGUCCAGAUGGGCCCUGAAGGGAUCAUCCUAACGCUUGAUGCCAGAGGGCGGCCGUCGGGAGAGGCAAUCGUGGAAUGUGCUUCAAUCGAAGAUGCGGAUCUGGCUCUGGGAAAGAACAACGGGUAUGUCGGGAACAGGUGGAUCGAGGUCUUUCCCGCAGGAUACCAAGAUCUGGACUUCGCCAAGAAGAACCAGAACCUGACGGCGAUCAAGCCCGAGCUGACAGAGGACGAUCUCAGCGCGUUUGGCAACCCGGACGCGGGGUACAAGGGCGUGCUGCGGAUGCGGGGGCUGCCGUUCCGCGCAGUCGAGGAGGACGUCGUCGACUUUUUCACGGGAUACGACGUAGUCGGCAAUGGGGUGUUCCUCUGCCGGCUGGCGGAUGGCAGGCUGAGUGGAGACGCAUUUGUGGAGUUUGUGGACGAGGAGACGGCCAGGAAAGCAAUGGAGCUGAACCGGGAACAGAUGGGGCGGCGGUACGUGGAGCUGUUCCCAACGACCAAGGGCGACAUGGUGAGCGCCAUCAAGAUCCACGCACAGCGCGUGGCGGCGGCGUGGCGGGAAACGGCGAGCAGCAGCUACAUCAAGCUGCGGGGGCUGCCCUUCGACGUAGAGGAGGGCGACAUCCAAGACUUCUUCACUGGCUACGACAUCAAGCCCAACAGCAUCAAAAUCACGGAGUCCUUCCCGGGCCGGAAAACGGGGGAGGCCUUCGUCGAGUUCUCGUCGCCGGCGGAGGCCGAUCGCGCCAUGCAGGAGAACAACAAGGAGAUUGGGGUGCGCUACAUUGAACUCUUCAGGGUGCGGGAAGAAGAGGUUAAUGGUGCGCCAGCUGAAGGACGGGGGAAGGGAGGCCGGGUUAGCGUGAAUUCCGACCCAGCCGCUACUAUCAAGAUGCGGGGUCUGCCCUUCAGGGCAACGGUUGGGGACAUCGUCAUCUUCUUCGAAGGCUUCGACGUCCUGAAAGACACCAUCACGUUAGGGACCACUAGCGACGGGCGGCCGUCCGGCGAAGCCUGGGUUGCUUUCGCCAGCCCCGAGGAAGCAACUAGAGCGAUCCGGCAAAUGAACCGGGAAUACAUGGGAAACCGGUUCGUAGAAUUGUUCCCUGCAUAAGGGGGUAUGUUACUGCAAAGGCACUGGGUACUUGGCGGAAGGGUGCCGCUUUAUGCAACGUAAUUGAGUCGGAAGCAAAGCAUAGAUAGAUAUACCAAGGUCUUAUAUGAGUCUCGAGAAGUGUGUCUGGAUUGAAAUGUCGCGGCUGAGCAGUUUUCAUUCAAUUUUGUGAGGAAGUCACUGACUGAGUCGAGAAGCGCUGUCAAUAAUAUUCACAAUCAGGCAAAACAUAUACUACACAAGUGCCUUUGGCAUCUAGUUGCUGGAUUCGAGGGCCCGGCCGCCUUGCUCGGUAC